UAUGGAUACAUGCAUGUUCACCAUAGAAAUCAUAGCUGAAGGCGCCCCAAACAUCACCUGUCCUUUCCCAGUUUCGAACUUGGGUACAGACUUGGGAGUAUCUAGUGCCGUCGUUUUGUGGUCGCCUGCACCAUCAGCUGCUGAUGAUGUCGACACCUUAACUGCUGACAAUAUAACCUGUGUUGAUGCAGACGGCAAUAACGUGAUGUCAGGUGGCACCUUUGAUGUAGGCAUAACGACUGUCACCUGCAGCGUAGUCGACAGUGACUCCAAUUUAAACGUUUGCAGAUUUACUAUUGAAGUGGUUGAUGACGAAAUGCCAAUAUUUCUGAGUGUCCCUGACGACAUCAACAUAACGACAGAUGCUGGUCAAUCGUUUGGCACAUCAAAUUGGGACUUGCCAACAGCGAGUGACAACAGCGGAAACUUCACCUUAACGUGUUCUGACCAGCCAGGCGACACUUUUGACAUUGGAACAACGACGGUGACUUGUACUGUCACAGACCAAGCUGGCAACACUGCAACCGUAAACUUUAGCGUCACUGUCAUCGAUGAUGAAUUGCCAAUAUUUCUGAGUAUUCCUGAAAACAUCAACAUAACGACAGACGCUGGUCAGUCGUUUGGUACACCAAAUUGGGACUUACCAACAGCAAGUGACAACAGCGGAAAUUUUACUGUAACGUGUUCUCACCAGCCAGGCGACAAUUUUGACAUUGGAACAACGACGGUGACUUGCACCAUUGUGGACGAAGCUGGCAACACUGCUACUGUAACAUUUAACGUUACUGUCUUUGAUGACGAAAUUCCAAUAUUUCUGAGUGUCCCUGAAGACAUCAACAUAACGACUGACGCUGGUCAAUCAUUUGGCACACCAAAUUGGGACUUGCCAACAGCGAGUGACAACAGCGGCAACUUUACUCUGAUAUGUUCACACCAGCCAGGUGACACUUUUGAUAUUGAAACAACGACGGUGACUUGUACCGUCACAGACCAAGCUGGCAAUACUGCAACCGUAAACUUUAGCGUCACUGUCAUCGAUGAUGAACUGCCAAUAUUUCUGAGUGUCCCUGAAAACAUCAACGUAACGACAGACACUGGUCAAUCGUUCGGCACACCAAACUGGGACUUGCCAACAGCGAGUGACAACAGCGGUAACUUUACCUUAAUGUGUUCUCACCAGCCAGGGGACACUUUUGACAUUGGAACAACAACGGUGACUUGUACCGUUGUGGACGAAGCUGGCAACACUGCAACUGUAACAUGUAACGUCACUGUCUUUGAUGACGAAAUUCCAAUAUUUCUGAGUGUCCCUGAAGACAUCAACAUAACGACUGACGCUGGUCAAUCGUUUGGCACACCAAAUUGGGACUUGCCAACAGCGAGUGACAACAGCGGCAACUUUACUCUGACAUGUUCACACCAGCCAGGUGACACUUUUGAUUUUGGAACAACGACGGUGACUUGUACCGUCACAGACCAAGCUGGCAAUACUGCAACCGUAAAGUUUAACGUCACUGUCAUUGAUGACGAAAAGCCCAUAUUUCUGAGUGUCCCUGAAAACAUCAACGUAACGACAGACGCUGGUCAAUCAUUUGGCACACCAAAUUGGGACUUGCCAACAGCGAGUGACAACAGCGGAAACUCUACUCUGACGUGUUCACACCAGCCAGGCGACACUUUUGAUAUUGGAACAACGAUGGUGACUUGCACCGUCACGGACGAAGCUGGUAACACUGCAACUGUAAAAAUUAACGUCACUGUCAUUGAUGAUGAAAUGCCAAUAUUUCUGAGUGUCCCUGAAAACAUCAACAUAACCACAAACGCUGGUCAAUCGUACGGCACACCAAACUGGGACUUGCCAACAGCAAGUGACAACAGCAGAAACUUCACAUUAAUGUGUUCUCACCAGCCAGGGGACACUUUUGACAUUGGAACAACGACGGUGACUUGUACCAUUGUGGACGAAGCUGGCAACACUGCAACUGUAACAUUUAACGUCACUGUGUUUGAUGACGAAAUUCCAAUAUUUCUGAGUGUCCCUGAAGACAUCAACAUAACGACUGACGCUGGUCAAUCGUUUGGCACACCAAAUUGGGACUUGCCAACAGCGAGUGACAACAGCGGCAACUUUACUCUGACAUGUUCACACCAACCAGGCGACACUUUUGAUAUUGGAACAACGACGGUGACUUGCACCGUCACAGACCAAGCUGGCAACACUGCAACUGUAAAGUUUAACGUCACUGUCAUUGAUGACGAAAUGCCAAUAUUUCUGAGUGUCCCUGAAAACAUCAACAUAACCACAGACGACGGUCAAUCAUUUGGCACACCAAACUGGGACUUACCAACAGCGAGUGACAACAGCGGCAACUUUACUCUGACGUGUUCACACCAGCCAGGCGACGCUUUUGUUAUUCGAACAACGACGGUGACUUGCACCGUCACGGACGAGGCUGGCAACACUGCAACUGUAACAUUUAACAUCAUUGUCAUUGAUGACGAAAUGCCAAUAUUUCUGAGUGUCCCUGAAAACAUCAACAUAACCACAGACGCUGGUCAAUCGUUCGGCACACCAAAUUGGGACUUGCCAACAGCGAGUGACAACAGCGGCAACUUUACUCUGACAUGUUCACACCAACCAGGCGACACUUUUGAUAUUGGAACAACGACGGUGACUUGCACCGUCACAGACCAAGCUGGCAACACUGCAACUGUAAGGUUCAACGUCAUUGUCAUUGAUGACGAAAUGCCAAUAUUUCUGAGUGUCCCUGAAAACAUCAACAUCACCACAGACGACGGUCAGUCAUUCGGCACACCAAACUGGGACUUGCCAACAGCGAGCGACAACAGCGGUAACUUUACCUUGAGGUGUUCUCACCAGCCAGGCGACAAUUUUGACAUUGGAACAACGACGGUGACUUGCACCGUCACGGACGAAGCUGGCAACACUGCAACUGUAACAUUUAACAUCAUUGUCAUUGAUGAGGAAAAGCCCAUAUUCCUCGGUGUCCUCGAUAACAUCAACAUAACGACAGACGACGGUCAAUCUUUCGGCACUCCAAAUUGGGACUUACCAACAGCGAGCGACAACAGUGGUAACUUUACCUUGACGUGUUCUCACCAGCCAGGUGACACUUUUGAUAUCGGAACAACGACGGUGACUUGCGCCGUUACGGAUGAGGUUGGCAACACUGCAACUGUAAAGUUCAACAUCACUGUAAUUGAUGAUGAAAACCCAAUAUUUUUGAGUAUCCCUGAAAACAUCAACAUAACGACAGACGCUGGUCAAUCGUUCGGCACACCAAAUUGGGACUUGCCAACAGCGAGUGACAACAGCGGCAACUUUACUCUGACGUGUUCACAUCAGCCAGGCGACACUUUUGAUAUCGGAACAACGACGGUGACUUGCGGCGUCACAGACAAAGCUGGCAAUACUGCAAUGUUACAGUUUGAUGUUGUUGUAUCUGACAAUCAAGCACCCACUUUCCUGGAGACACCUGGAUCAAUUUACUUAGGGACCGAUCCUGGCAAAGCCUUCGGCACAGCAACUUGGACAGUUCCAACAGUUGCUGACAACAGUGGCAACUUCACAUUGACGCCGUCUCACCGACCAGGCGAGACAUUUGAUCUGGGACCCACCACGGUGACGUACACGGCAACAGACGGCGGGGGGAACACCGCAAGCGUUGAGUUUGUUGUCCACAUAAUAGAUAAUGAAGUGCCGAUAUUUCUGUCAAGUCCUGGAGAUAUCACCAUUUCCCUGAAGGGCGGAGCCUAUUGGAAUCCUCCCACUGCUUCCGAUAAUAGCGGGAAUUACACUAUAAGUGGAAGCCACUCUCCCGGGGACACCUUCCGUCUUGGCGCAACAACGGUCAUUUACACGGCGACAGAUGCUUCUGGCAAUACUGCGACCGUUCAGUUUGUCGUUUAUGUAACAGACGAAUGCGAUCCUGGUAAUUCGACCUGCCCGGGGGACCUGAACUGUAUUUUCAUCGUUGGAAAGUACACAUGUGACUGCCCGUACGGAUCCAGACGGCUCGAAAACACCAGUACAUGCAUAGGUGCGAUAGAAUUCAGGACCACGAUCGUAAUUGUUGAGUUCGUGUAUCCGAACCUCGUCAUACCGGCAACGUUUCCUGAUGAAUUACUGGACCCAACGACGGACACCUUCAAGAAUAUGCAGGCAGAUCUUGAAAGAAUUCUGACCGAAGUGUAUCGCCAGCUGUAUCUCUUCAUCCGGGUCCGUAUCUACAGCUUCUUCCGUGGCAGCAUUGGUCUCAAUAUAGUGGUGACGUUUGACAACAGAACAAACGCAACGCUGCCAAUGGUUGAAGACGCACUGAAUGAUUCUAUCACACGUGGCGAUUUGCUCUCUGCUUCCAUAUACAAGGUCACACCAAGUUCAAUCAAGGCGCUUGAGAUUGUCUGCGGGAAUGGCUUCUGCUUAAAUGGUGGCACUUGCAUUCCUGAUGCGAGCAACUACGCCAGCACAUGCAGGUGUCUGCCAGGAUAUUUUGGAGCACGUUGCAACGAGACCAUUUUCGAUUUUGGCACCGAACAGCCGCCGCCUACAGCGUCACCUGACUCAAGUCUGACAAUCGUUCUCGCCGUUCUUGGCUGCAUCUUCCUUGUCGUCCUCCUCCUCCUGUGUUGUUGCUUCUGGUUUUGCCUGGUGGCAGUCAAAAGGCGUCGGCACCACCAGCAAAUGUACCAGAGUGAAGACUCCAUUGAGAACACUGAUCCGUACGCAUACGAUCCGAGAAUGACGCAGAGAUCGAUGAAGCAAGCAUCAUGCCGUCCGGUGGGGCUCUUUGCACCGUAUGUGGCUACCGGCAAUGAAGCCCAGGAACAGAUGGAACGUUACCCAUACGCUGAGAGACAAUACCAUAGAUAUUAGCUU